UCCGGAACCGGAAACGUGAAUUGGCGUGGUGGGUGACGUCAUGAUGGUCGCCUGUUUCUGAUGGCGGAGCGACGACUCCUGGCGAGUGCGAAACUUUUCCCAACUUCUCCAGUGACAAAAGAAAGUUGGCAAAAGCAAAUCCAAGUAGCUUAAAGUUGGUUCGUCUCUUUUACAAAUGUGGACUUGUUGAUGGAUCCGCGAUAUGAAAUACCACGGAGGGCCGGCGGCGGCGGCGGCGGCUCUGCGAACUCGUCCCCGGCUCCGGGGGCUCAGUCGCGCCGCAGGAAGAUGCCUCCCAGACCCGCAGAUUACAAACUGCAGAUUAUCAUCAUCGGUUCCCGCGGUGUCGGUAAAACCAGUCUCAUGGAAAGAUUUACCGACGCCACUUUCUGUGAAGCUUGCAAGUCCACCGUAGGAGUUGACUUCAAAAUCAAAACAGUUGAGCUCAGAGGGAAGAAGAUAAGACUGCAGAUUUGGGACACUGCUGGCCAGGAGAGAUUCAACAGCAUCACGUCAGCCUACUACAGAGGUGCAAAGGGAAUAGUUCUGGUGUACGACAUUACCAAGCAGGAGACCUUUGAUGACCUCCCCAAAUGGAUGAAAAUGAUAGACAAGUAUGCCUCAGAGGAAGCAGAGCUGCUCCUGGUAGGAAAUAAGCUUGACUGCGAGACUGACCGCGUCAUCAGCAGACAGCAGGCUGAGAGGUUUGCCUCUCGAAUAAGUGGCAUGCGCUUUUGUGAGGCCAGCGCCAAGGAUAACUUCAAUGUGGAUGAAAUCUUCUUGAAGCUCGUGGAUGACAUUCUUAGCAAGAUGCCACUGGAAAUUCCCAACAAGGAGCUUUCCAACAGUAUCCUGUCUCUGCAGCCAGAACCGGAAGUGCCUCCGGAACUGCCCCCUCCCCGCAUGCGCUGCUGCUGAGACGUCAAGUGGACCCUCCACACACUCACCCAAGCCCACUCCCCCUACUCUCCCACUCUAAAUUGCACAUGCAUUGAACCAUUCUGUCCACCAGGGGGCAGGACAAGGCAGCGGUCCAGAAGCAGAGGAGCACUCAGCUGCUGUCUGCACGGACUCCCCAAACUAUAUAACCCCCAGUUCUUGUUUCUUCCCCUCAUUUUGUAGCUGUACACUACGACACAUACAAAAGACUAACACUCAGACCUUGUGAACGACCCACAAAAUAAUAUUUUUUUUCUCCUCGCAUGGCCCAGACUACCUCAUCUUCUCCAGGACUGUUAGGUUAGCUGUGUCCCGCAGGUGCCUUCAAGGCAGAGAGGCCCUCUGGUAGCCACUGAAUAUUUUCUAGAAGAGGGGGUACUAAUCCCUGAUCAACAAUAGUAACACUUGUUGU